GAUGAUAUAAAUGCAAGGCGCGCCGCUGCGUAGCAACAGUCGACAAAGAGCGAUUGCGAGAUCAACGUCAAUUGAACAAUUAAGCAACGACAACGAGCAACUUCAAAGCAGAAGAGGAAGAAGCAGCAGCCAACAUGUCCCUGGUACCGUUGCUGUUCUCCGACUGGUGGGAAGACCUUGACCAGCCUCACCGACUCUUCGAACAGAACUUCGGGCUGGGCAUCCGCCCGGAUCAGCUGUUAAACCCUAGCAUCAUCGAGCGCAUGAUGCCACAGCGGGACCAGCGACUGAGAUCACCCAUGCUCUACUAUCGACCGUGGGGUGAAAUGUUGCGCAACAGGCAGGAAGGUGGCACGUCCACCGUGAAGGCGGACAAGGACAAGUUCCAGGUGAUCCUGGACGUGCAGCAGUUCAAGCCGGAAGAGAUCAACGUCAAGGUGGUGGACAAGUGCGUGAUAGUCGAGGCGAAGCACGAGGAGAAGCAGGACGAGCACGGCUGGAUCUCCCGACAGUUCGUGCGGAAGUACAUAAUACCUGAGCAGUGCGACGUCGAUCAGGUGUCGUCCAGCUUGUCGUCGGACGGCGUGCUGAGCAUCACCGCGCCCAGGAAGGAGAAGUUGAUCGUGCAGAACGAGCGUUCGAUCAAGAUCGAGCAGACUGGCAAGCCGGCGAUCAAGGAGAAGACGCAGGAGAAUGACAAGGAGAAGAAGUAGAGCUCGAUGAAGCUAGUGAAGCUGAAAAAGUGAUUGAGAUUCACGUUAAUUAAUUGUUUCUCGUUCUCAUAUGUUCUUUAUUUCUGUGAAACGUCAGUUCUACGUAAUUACGUUAAGGCGAUCCUGGAGUUGCUAGUGAACUAUUUUUUCACUAGCUCUCGUUACAGCGACCGUUCGCUAGCGACACCACCGACUUGACAGACUUGACAACUACCGACAGAAUUGCUGGCGAAAUGCGGCAACGUACAAUACAAGCAAGCAACCGUGUACGUGCGCGCGCCGCGCUUCGGCCAACUUCGGGGCAGUAGACAAGCGCAAUAUGGCUAUAGCGGGCUGACAGCAGACUUCGCCGUCGCUCUCAAAAUCAGUCUAGGCUUCUUUAACAUAUCUUGUCGCUCAUGUCUCUCUCUCUCAUCGUAUUUAUUUUAUUAAUAAUCGUUCAAAUAAAAUGUAUAAUAAAUAUGUUCUGUACAACAAUAUAUAUAAUAAAUAAAGAGUGAAGAGAACAGAAAGAUUAAUGAUAAUUAAUAAAUAAUAGAAUAAUAGAAUAAAUAAGUAAUAGAAAUCCAAUAUUGUCUCUUGGUCAAUAUGUACGCCUUUUGCACAAAAAAGUUGCGUCAUUAAUUUAAAAGUAUAAAACUUAAUUAUAAGUAUACUUAUUAUUGUUAAUACAAGAAAAAUAGAUUUAUAAAGUAAUUUACAAAUUACUUUUAAAUUAACUAAAAUGUUAUUUGUUUCGUAAAAUGUAAUCUGUUAGUAUAUACUUUUUACGUUGUUAAUAGCAAAUACAUAUGUAUUAAAAUUAAA